AUGACUCAUUCUUUCGAAGUCGCGGGCAAGAAAGAUGCGCCUAGUCGAAUCCCCGUCAUCUGUAUCGAUAGCAACUACUGUCCAGAUAUAUUAACUCAGGAGUCACCUCCAUCCGGUCAAAAACUGUCGACCUUUAUGUCUGAUGGCGAAUUUGUACCUGAACGGGGUCUUUCUUUCCGUCAUCAGGCUUCUCAAUUUGUUUGCUGGUUUAAUGGACUGACUCCGCUGAAGCAGUUCCUCUUCACUACACUGUCUUUGCAGCAUAUUAGUAGCGAAUAUUUGAAAUUGUUACACGCUGUGACAACUGAUAGAUUGUCUGAAGAGUAUCAGAAUAUCAAUGUUGCAGCAAAAGCGAAUGAUAUUGCUCAUUUAAAUAAUCUCGAUGUUAUGUCCGAUGAUUUUUGUGCCACUAUUCUGGAUCUCCUAUCUUCUCUCAGUAUUCCGAAGGAGCGAGGUGCUGACUUUUCGAAAAUCCAUGACAAAUAUCUAUCGCUUGUUGAUAAGGCUCUCGAAAACACCACGCAUCAGAAGCCGAUAUUCGAGGAUGCAUGUGACUCGCUAGAGGGACAACUUCUAAUUACUGCAAUGACUACACCACUCUUUACCUUAGAUGAUCGCCAUUGGUUACAAAAGAAUAUCAAAUCUCGCUGCGAGGCUUGUACUUCUUGGCAAUCGACAGGUCUUUUGAUCCUUGCAAAUGAUCUCUUGGAAGCAUUAGAGCUCCAUAAGGGCAACGCUGAGGGUUUUUUAGCCUCAGCUGAGUCGUCUCUGUCAAGAAGUUUUCGCAGCUGCAGUAUAAAUUCUCCAUACCCAUUUCUCCCGCGUUCACUCUAUUCCUAUUCCAACCGACGACACCAUAGUUUGGUUCCUCCGGCUAGCGAGAACUCACUCAUUGUUCCUUCUCUAUUUGCAUCACCACAUCUUCUUAGCUCAUCCUCCUCACCUAAUUCAUCGGGUUUUGUGUCCGGCAGUGAAUCCAUGUAUCAGGGUUUGAAUGAACCUUUGGCAAUGAGUUCACGUGGUAAUCGACUUGCUACACCAUCGAAUAGUCGGCUCUAUCUUCUCAGACGCCAGUCUGCCUCACCAUAUACGCCUCAGGAGGGCGAGUUAAAGGAGGAAGAUGAUAUCGCUCCCGCGACUGCCUGUAGCUCGGCCUUACCUGAACAAAACAGUUCUUUGUGCAGCUUUACUGUAUCUACAAAGAGUGAGACCUCCCCAACAACGGCGUCCUCUGAGGAAGUUUUUCGUUACUCAAAGGAUCACUUGGAUCCAUUAUCAUCGCCGCAGGAAAGCUCGAAUAUUCCAUGCCUAUCUGCGGUGAAUCUUCCUUUUAAAACCUCUUCGACGAUUGGUUUUGUGAGUAAUAUCUCUUCACCCAAUGACUGUGAUGAUGGUAACGAGGUAGGCUUCCGACCUCCAUCUACCUCACUCAGUGAUCCAUUUGGGGGUCAUAAAACGUCACGAUCGCGUCACAAAUCUGUCCUUAUUCAGGAUAUACAGGUUGAGGAUCCGGGCAUGGCUCAAGUUCCUGGUUGGUUGAAGAGUCUACGUCUGCAUAAGUACAUCGGGUUGUUUAAACGCCUCACCUACUACCAAAUGCUUGGGAUUACGGAUGAAUGGCUUCAGCGUCAGCAUGUUACUCAAGGUGCACGAAACAAAAUUCUCGUGAGUAUAGCAAAUCUGAACUCACGCUCUGCAACACUGGCUAACUUGGAGGUGCGCAUUGAAACCAUCAUUCACAAUCCAUCUGCUCGUUGGUCAAAUCUUCGAGGGUGUCUUAGCGAGCUUCGUAGCAUCCUACAAACACCGUUUCCUCCUGCAGUAGCUAAUCGAACCGCAUCCUCGCCCCAUUGCCUGUCCUCCACCUCCUCAGUUGAGGACAGUGCGUCAGCGACUGGAGCAGUUGGUCCUAAUUUCGGCUUCAGCAGCGAUGUGGAGGACUACGUAGAUGAGGGAGCCGAUGAUGACGACGGAGGGUUUAUGGACUUUCGUACCGCGUCAGGGAUCCUGUGCCAGUGUCCCUGCACAAACUCGGAUACCUGUCUCUUCGAUCGCACUAAUGCCCCAGGUGAUGCUCAUUCCCCAAAGCGGCCCAAGUCUAGCGAAGGAGGGGUCGUGACGACAAACCUCUUUUUCCCGACCGUACUUGCGGAUACUCUGGAUAAAUCGCCUACGGUGCCGGACGCCUCGGAGGUUGUUCCAAAAACUGAGGGCUUGGAGGGCGAGAAUUUGUCGGAACAAAUUAUGCGUUGCUUGGACCAUGCCUCCAAAGCAUUGCUCUGUGAUCCAAUCGACGACGACAACUAUGGAUCCUUCAUGCAGCUGUUAGCAACAGUUCUUGAACACUCGUCCUUCAGCCAAGCGCAAAAAGAUCAGGUUACAGUCUGGCAGAAGCAAAUGGUCGAUUAUUUGGGACCUGCACCACCAUUACCACGCCGCUCAUGCCAUCAUCAUCAUCAUCAUCGCCGGGCUGCCUCACGCCGCUCCUCUUACCAUUACACCCAGUCUUUCGAUUGUGGAGGGCCGUACUCAGUGCCCUAUACGCCUCGUUCUAGUGUGGGAUGCAGCGGAUUUGCAUCACGACCGUACUUUGCUUCUCCGGUGCGUCUUCCAUACCUUCACCACCAACAGCAAACACACUCAAGCGUUCCCUUUGCCUUCUCCCAAGCGUCCCCAGGAUUUAACAGUGGCGGUGGUGCUCGCUGGAGUAGUGGCAUGGUGCGUGGUCGUAGCGCUGAGCCUGACAUCUAUCAACAUCAUCAGGGACCCUCACGGCCUGCGUUCCAGGAGCAGACGGCGACGCUUAUAGCCACGCCUCAACAUCGCGUGGCCAGCAUGGACAGCCUCACUAUCUCCACCCCUUACGGACUCACGGAGCCCAGAGUGGUGAGUUGCUUGUGCUGCUUGAUGCUCAAGAUUCCACAUAUUAUCUCCCACGCCACAAACCAGUUCUUCGUCCACAAUCGAAUGGUUUCAUGUCACGAUCCAUCGGGGAGUGACAUUUCGACCUCUGUAUCACCAUUUGCUUCACCGGAGCUACAGUCCACAGGUUGCUUCGCUUUCGUGCCGGCGUCGGAUGGGAGUGAGGAAGGAAACGAGGGCCUCACUGCAGCUGUUGCAGCCGCCGUUGCCUACCUCCAACCUCUACCACCGCCCUCGCACCCGCCUUCGCAUCCUCCGCCAUUGCUGUCGGGGAUUCCAAAUCAGCGCCGUUGGCUUACUGGUACCACGGUUACGGCUGCUACCACUCCCGCGUCCUCUGCUAUGGCAGACUAUUCCACAGCAGAAAUUAACCGUAAUCUGGAACUUCUUACAGAGAAAGUCACGAAGUUGGCUAUAGAGGGUGAGUUCGAGUUUCAGUGCACAAACUUUAAAUGCCAAAGGUUAAGAAAAGUCUAA